GGAAGACUAUCCUAUAGAGAAAAAACUGGGAAAGGAGGAAUUAAAUACACUAACCCACAUUGAGCAGCUGCUUGGGGGGAAGAGAUACACAAAGGCCGGCUACUAGGAUACCUAGAAAAACGGUGGCUGGAAGUUUAUAUAUAUAUGCACUCAUUAGCAGCCAACUUGGGGGGGAAAAGGGAGAUAUACAUACACAAUUGAGCAGCAAAAAGGGGGCUGAUUUUAGAUAUAUAAUCGGCAGAAAUUGUGGAAGAAUUUUUGAAUUUUGCUUUUGCCCUCAACCAUCAUUCUUGUGCACAAUCUACUUCUCGUCCACACAAUUUGUAUAGAAUGAUGCUGCAAAUUCUCUUUCACGUGUUGAUUUUAUUGAGGAUCGAAGCAGCUUUGGUUGAUAGGACUUUCCUUCAAAAUGCUAAAGCAAAAGGAGCUGUUUGUUUGGAUGGGUCUCCACCAGUUUAUCAUCUAGAUAGAGGAUCCGGAAUAGGAAUCAACAAUUGGUUGGUUCAUAUUGAGGGAGGAGGAUGGUGCAACAGUGUCCCAAGUUGCCUUGUCCGUAAGAACUCAAAACAAGGUUCCUCCAAAGAUAUGGCUAAACAACUAAAUUUCUCUGGGAUUUUGAGCAGUGAAUCACAGUUUAACCCCGAUUUUCAUAACUGGAAUAGGAUUAAGAUUAGAUACUGUGAUGGCGCAUCAUUCACAGGGGAUGUUGAAACAGUAGAUCCUGCCACCAAACUUUACUUUAGAGGAGCAAGGAUUUUUCUGGCUGUCAUGGAGGAGCUGCUGGAGAAAGGAAUGAAGAAUGCUGAAAAUCAGGCCAUUCUAUCUGGAUGUUCAGCCGGUGGGUUGACAUCAAUUUUACAUUGUGAUAAUUAUAGAGCUCUCAUUCCCGAGAGCGCUAAAGUAAAGUGCAUUUCAGAUGCUGGUUAUUUUAUUAAUGCGAAAACUAUUUUUGGAGCAUCAUAUAUUGAGGACUUUUACAACGGCGUGGUCACGACACAUGGAGCGACGAAGAACUUGCCGUUGUCGUGUAUGUCAAAAGAGAAACCUGGAUUGUGUUUUUUUCCCCAAAACAUUGUGCAACAAAUCCAAACGCCGCUUUUCAUUAUAAAUUCUGCCUACGAUUCAUGGCAGAUAAAUAACACUUUGGUUCCUCCACUUUCGGAUCCAAAUAAUACUUGGAGGAAUUGUAAGACUGAUAUUAGGAAUUGCUCCCAUAGUCAGCUCCAAAAAAUUCAAGGCUUCAGGUUUGAAUUCAUAAAUGCAUUAACUGAAAUGGGUGUCCCUUCAUCAAGAGGAUACUAUAUAAAUUCCUGUUAUACACACUGCCAAACUGAAGGGCCAACAUGGUUUGGGAUCCACUCUCCGAUUUUAAAUAAGAAGACAAUUGCAGAAGCAGUUGGAGAUUGGUUUUAUGAUCGAAGCCAAUUUCAAGAGAUUGACUGUCCUUAUCCCUGUGACAAAACUUGCCCCAAUUAGUUUGUCUCAACACCAAUUGAAUUUGUUGAGAUUCACUUCACUUUAUCCAAUGAGUUGUGUUCAAUGAUUGACUUCUUAACUUCCAUGUUGAAACAUUUUAACAAUUCAAAUUAAUUAAUAUUAGUCCAA